UUAGUAGAACGUUACUCCGAUAUCUGAAUAAGACAUUGCAGUCAGUGUGUCCUCCAUAACGGUAACGGUAACCAUAGUGAUACAAGUAAACAGCCACCGGAGGACAAGUGUGUGCAAUUUAAAGGAUUUCUGUCAAGAUGAAGAAAUAAACUCCUCACCGAAUGCCAUGAUGAGUGAAAGCGAUACAACGUUUCUUCAGAAACUGUACGAGUUUAUUAAUCAGGAGAAAAAGAACCUGCAGUGUCCGGAAGAGGGACCUAACGAGCUCCGUUACAUCGUCUACCGCUCCGCGUUCAACAAGGUGAUUGGACGAACAACAGCCUUUAAGAGACUUCUGCUGAUCAUAAAGUCAGAGUAUGAUAACAUCAUCAGACAGCUGAAGAGGAGAGAAAAAGCAGAAGAAUCUGAGCAAAGUGUGGUUAACACCUGUCAGCGACUAGCUGCUGAGCUCAAUGAGAGAACCACCAUACUUCAGACACACGGAGUUGAACUUCAGGAGGACAUCCGGACACACAGAUCCAUAAAUUUGGAAUCACUCAUGAAAGGCCUGUCUGAGUCAGAGGAUCCCGAUGUUCUGCAGAAGCAUCUGAAGGACUUGGAGAUCCAGAAAGCUCUUCUGAUGGACUAUAGGAGUCAGGGUGUUCCUCUUGAGGUCCAAACCGAGCUGGAAGCUGAGCUGCAGGCAGCUGAGCGUCACAGGGACCAGCUGAGCUUCGAGAACAAACAUCUGAGGGUCCUAUUCAUGCGUCUCAGCUGUGUCGUGAACCGUCUGACCUGCUGGGAGCAGGAGAGACAGGAGGUUCCUCUGGAGGGAGUUCUGGGUUCUACACUACAGAACAUCCAACACCUCAGCUCUGAGCCCAAUGAUGAGGGUCACGGCUCCUCCUGCAACAUCGACUCUGAGCUGUUUGAGGAUGAAGAGCCGACUGGAGUGGAUGAGUCCAAACUCCUGCAGGAUCACCUGGACAGCUUUGUGGAGCUUCUAGAAUCAGCUCAAUAUGAAGAAGCUGCUUUACAUGCAGCCAGGUCUCCUAGAGGAGUUCUGAGGAACGCUGACACCAUGGAGCUGUUUGCAGGUGUACAGGCCCCCCCAGCAUCAACUCCUCCGGCACUCCUGUUCUUUCGGGCCCUGCUGUUUACCACAGCAAAAGGUGACCGGCUGUCAGGUGAUGUGUCCCUGCAGGGCGUACGCUGUUCUCUGCAGCAUGGCAACAUUCAUCUGGUGACUCAUGCUGUCUCUCAGGACAAACUGAUGUUCACUGAGGAGCUGGGCGACAUUCUCACUGAACAUGCUCAGAACAACCACCACGUGUUGGACCAGUGUCUAGCCUUGGCCAGCAUCGUCUAUGAGGCCUGUAAGGUACAUAGGAAGACUGCACUGAGCAUGUGCAGAAGAGGUUUGACCCACAGUGCCGCUGAGUUCAUGAAGCUGAACCUGACUGCAGAUGACUGCAUGUGGGUUCUGACUUCUUCCAGCAACCCCACUCUCCUCCAACUGCUGACAGAACCUUCUCAAGGUCAGGUGGCCAUAUUGCCAGUAGGCAGAGCCUGUUCUGCUCUUUUGGUGGACCCACAGCAACACCGGGUAGUGCUGCAGCUCUUGGACAGCCUCAUGAGCCGAGAACAAGAUGUGCUGGAGAAUGUCAUCCUGGAGGACAGCAGCUCCUCAGUGGAUGUUUGGGAUCAGGUGGCGUCUCGAUGCUCCGACCUGAACCGGGCUGAUCUGAGCCGGGCCAUACGGUCCAUCCUACUAAGACAGAACGGAACCGGAGUCCUGUCCUCAGACCCGGACGGAGCACGUCUCAUGGAGCACGUCUUCCUGUGAAAAGACCAGCAGAACCAGCCAGCUAAUCCUGCUCCGGACCUUCUAUCAGCACCAGAACCUAAAGAUAUAACAAAACAAGCCUGGACUCAGAAACUCAUGUUCAGUGAUUAUUUAUCUGCAUUCAGGAGGGAAAUGAUCGUUUAAGUAGUUCUCUGUUCUUCUGCAGAAACAAAUCAAAAUGUUUUUAUGUGGUUCUGUUUGUAUUCCUGUUAUUUCUGUGGCUCAUUUAUCUUUCUCAUCUUUCAUAAAAACUAAAAACCUGAACGCACCUGAGAAAUGGUGUUGGUGCUGCAGCAGAAGGCAUCCAGCUAAUAAAAACAUGUCUGUUAA